UACAACAUUUUAAUGAUAAUAACGUAUUUACAAUAGGUACAGUCGCUCGAAUAACGACAACGAUGUUAUUGUGUAAAGUUUUAGUUAUGCGCGUCGGACGGUCUAGUGCUGGUGCCGUCGCCUCCUUCGUAAAUCGUCGGUUGUCGAGCAGUUGUAGGCAKUUGUAGUCCCAUUAAUAAUAUUAUAAUAACAUUUCGUCUUCGUCGCCGUUUCGCUUUUUUAAUAAUAUUCAUUGGUUUUUUUAUUUUAUUUCCCCUACUCUCGUCGUUUGCUAGCCGCCAAUUGAGUGAUGCGCUCGCUCGCGUGACUUGCGACCAUUAUCUCUAGACUCGACCCGCGCGUCUGUCUUUUAACCUCUAGAUUACGUCCAGACUUUGAUAGGGCYGAUAGUCGUCGUUGGACGGCUGGUGGUGCGCACAAUGUGCAACCGACGCCUAGCCACCGUUCGCUGUCUGUCCGCUGACAGUGCUCCUUGAAUUUCGUCGAACAAUGCAGGUACCUAAGUGCAACGACACUAUGGCGUCAGAGUCGGCUGAUAAUGGCCUGUGUGACAAGUCCAUAUCACUCCGCAAGCACCGCAAAAAUAUAUUUAAUAAAUCAGCAUUGAGGAUGGUAGCUGCAGAAAUGACAAGUAAUCAAGAUAAAGAUGUCUCUCAAGUGCAAUACAUUGAUAUCAGUCCUGAUUUUCUAACAACUGGACGAACUGGCAGAAGGAAUGCAUUACCAGAUAUACUAGGUGAACAUAAACUGACGUCCACGGCUGACUUACCCGACCGAUUACAAGCACUGACAACAAAUGAGGGAGCUGGGACGACAAGUAAUAUGCAACCUUCAACAACUAGUAGCGAUUCAGACAUGACUAAAACACAAAAUGCAACAUGUUGAAUGACAGAACAAAAAUGAAAAAAUAUUAUCUACUGCUACUGUAUGUUCUGAAGGUAAAAUGAAACAAAGUAAACUCAUCUGGAUUGGCUAAAUGUUAAAGCCUCAAAUAUUUUUGAGUUGAACAGAUACCUAAUAGUUUUAAUGUACUUCUAGUCUUUUAACAAUCAGACCAAAGCAUAAAAGUACUUUUAUUUGAAUUUUUUGAAUUUAUAUAUUUAGUUCCAUAAUUUUAUUUAUUUGAAUCGAAAGGUUUUGUUCCUCUAUUAAAUUGACUGUAUGUAACUUUUUUCUUUUUGUGAAAAACAAUUGUAGUAAGUAUUUAAUUCCUUAGUUAUAAAAAAUUAUUUUUUGUGCUAAACUAUGUCCUAAACCUAAAUUAUUUGAUUACGUUUUAAUAUA